AUGCAGAGACGACAUGACAGAAAGGCAAGUAAGAACAAAGACCAGUUCACUGAGCAAGAAAAACAGAGCAGAAUUAGCCACUCAAAGAGGAGUGUUGGUAAGCAUGAGGUGCGGUCCUGGACGACAGCUACCAAGCAAUCCUUGUGUCUCGUGUGGCAAAAACUGAAAGUGCAGCUAAUGCUAAGCAUGUCUUUCCUCGUUGCUGUUUUUUGGUAUUGCAGAAGGCUAUACAGCUUUUUAGCACAGCUACUGAAACGGUGGAGCAACUACCUUCAAAGAAAACUCAUAAGGAAUCUCAGUGUGCUGACAGAAGUUGAUCUACUUGGUUACAGCGCGAGAGAAUGGAAAGGAGAAACAAAGCAGGCCAAACAUAUGAGGGAGGCAUAUGAAGAAUUGUUUUGGAGCUGUCAUAUCAAAUACCUGCGACAAGUCAGGAGGGACAACUAUUGUGUACUAAGAGCGGUGCUUUUUCAGAUAUUCAGCCAAGGCAUUCCUUUUCCAUCAUGGAUGAAGGAGAGAGAUAUAUUGAAGCUCCCUGAAAAGCUUUUGUAUUCUCAAGGUUGCAACUGGAUUCAGCAAUACAGUUUUGGGCCAGAAAGAUAUACAGGUCCCAAUGCCUUUGGUAAAUUGCGCAAGUGUAUGGAGACAUUAAAGACAAAUUGGACUGAAAUAAGUGCUACUAAGGAUCAUGAAGAAAGAGGAAACAUGUGUAAUACACUCUUUUCUGAUGAGAGCAAGGAGCACAAACUAUAUGAGGCCAUAAAAUUCAUCAUGCUCUAUGAAGUUGUCGAAGCCUAUGAGCAGAUAAAGAACAGGGAAGAACCCAUACACAACCUUUUUAGCCUUCUCCUUGCUCGUGAUUCUUCGUCUGACCCUUUGAGUUUCAUGAUGAAUCAUCUGAACCACAUAGGUGACUCUAUUUGCCUAGACCAGGUUGAACUGUUUCUUCUUGGAUACUUACUUGAAGUAAAGAUAAGAGUUUACAGACUGCAUAGAUUUAAUACUGAGGAAUUUCAAGUAAACUAUCCAGAUGAAUACCGAAGGGAAUGGAAUGAGAUUUCUCUCCUGACCGAGGAUGACCGCUACUAUCACAUCCCCCUUUUCAGAACAUGAAGGACCAGUGACUUUUUUUCCUGUGUGUAAUAUAGUGAGUGACCAGUUCCAGUGAAUUAGGUUUCUAAUUGGCAGCAGUAGGAUUUUGAGAAUGCUCGUUAAUGAUUACAAAAUGAUUCAUGGCUUUAUUGUGUAAACAUUUUGCUUUCCCAUUGCAGCUCAAUUCACCAUCAGCCAGCCAUAAAACCUGUAAAAUAUAUUGCUAUACUGUCUGGGGGAAAAAAUGUCAUAUUUUAGGGUUGUCAGACAAAAAAGAUUCGACUGCAGGACAAAGAAUGCAAAGGUAAUGCUGGGUUUUCCAUUGCUAGCCUAAGGGUUUACUCUGGCAUCUCUGGAUGGGUUAAACUCAAGUUCCUAAAGCAAUUACUGCCUUUCCCUCAUCUGUCUCUGGCCAGGGAGGACGAGUCACAAAAGGAGGAGCU